CCAACUUUAAGUCUAUAACGAAUUUUCAAUUUACUAUUUACACAGUUCAGAAAUGGAAGGACACUUUCUAUUUCUGAUGUUUCAUCUCUCUUUAACUCUUCCUAUCAUUGUUCGAGCACAGAAUCAAUCAGGCUUCAUUAGUAUUGACUGCGGACUUGAGGAUGAACCAAACUACACAGAUGAAACCACUUCCAUCUAUUACUCUUCGGAUGUCAACUUCACAAACAGUGGUGUAAGCCACAGUAUAUCAUCUAAAUACAAGGCUUCCCUUGACAGGCAGUUCUGGAAUGUUAGAAGCUUCCCGGAUGGAACCAGGAACUGCUAUACCCUUGUUGUUCCUCAAGUAAGUAGCAAGAAAUAUUUAGUGAGGGCAAGGUUUGCAUAUGGAAAUUACGAUGGAAAAGACUCUCUUCCCGAGUUUGACAUCUAUCUUGGAGACAGUUGGUGGGGAUCAGUGGUGUUUCAGGAUGCAUCCAGUGUAGUCACCAAGGAAAUCAUUUAUGCUGCUUCAUCCAAUUAUGCUCAUGUUUGUUUAUUCAACACUGCAAAGGGUACACCCUUUAUUUCAGUUUUAGAGCUUAGAGUUCUUAACAGUGAGGCCUAUCUAGUUAACUUUGUGGAGCUAUUGGCACGAUUUGACGUAGGCUUACAGGAUGGUGAAAUAAUCAGAUAUCCGGAUGAUGUCUAUGAUAGAAUAUGGACACCUUAUAACUCAAAUGAAUGGACACAGAUAGAUAACACCCUUACCAUAGACCAUGAUGCUACUACGUCAUUUGAUUUUUUACCAUUGCCGCCUUCCAUUGUCAUGGGAACUGCAGCAAUUCCAGCAAAUGUCAAUGACAAUAUAGAAUUCCACUUCCUUCCCAAAAAUAAUGCAUCCACAUGUUAUGUGUACAUGUUCUUUGCUGAACUACAGAAGCUCCAGGCAAACCAAAUUAGAGAGUUCAACAUUUUUGUAAAUGGGGACAUUUUAAAUAAUGCUCCAAUCAAUCCUAUAUACCUGCAGAAUGCGUAUCAUUUAGCAAUAAUUGAAAAUCCGUUGGAACUUUGGAUUAAUAAAACUAGUGGAUCGACUCUUCCACCUCUUCUCAACGCCAUCGAGAUAUACAUGACAAAAAACUUCUCACUAUCAGAAACAUAUCAAACAGAUGUUGAUGGUAUCAUAAAUGUCAAGUCAAUCUAUGGGAUCAAGAGAAACUGGCAAGGAGAUCCUUGUACCCCACUGGCUUACUUGUGGGAUGGUCUUAACUGCAGCUAUGCUGAAUCUGAUUCACCAAGGAUCAUAUACUUGAACUUAUCUUUCAGUGGUUUAAUAGGAAACAUAGCCCCUGGCAUAUCAAAUCUGCAGUCCAUUGAAUAUUUGGAUUUGUCAAACAACAAUUUGACUGGGGCCGUGCCUGAAUUCCUAUCCCAACUGCGCUUCUUAAGAGUUCUGAACCUAGAAGGAAAUCAGCUAUCAGGAACAAUUCCAAUGCAACUCAUUGUAAAUUCCGAGAAUGGUUUGCUUGAAUUCAUUUUUGGUGGAAAUCCAAGUCUUUGCUCACCAGGUUCAUCAUGCAACAACAAGAAUGGGAAUAAGGUUGUAGUUCCACUGGUGGCAUCACUUGGUGGAGCUUUCAUGAUACUAGUAAUAACAGUGAUUUCUUUCUGCAUAUACAAAAGGAGACAACCAGUUUCCCAUCAUCUCAGCAAGCAGAAUGCUUAUUACAAAAUAAGGGAGGAACUAGAGUCAAAUAAACAAGAAUUCACCUAUGCCGAAGUCUUGAGCAUGACCAGAAAUUUUGAAAGGGUUGUUGGGAAAGGAGGAUUUGCUACAGUGUACCAUGGCUGGAUAGAUGAUACUGAGGUAGCUGUCAAAAUGCUCUCUCCCUCAGCUCAAGGAUAUCUGCAAUUUCAGGCAGAGGCCAAACUUCUUGCUGUAGUUCAUCAUAAAUUCUUGACUGCUCUGAUAGGAUAUUGUGAUGAUGGCGAAAAUAUGGCUCUCAUCUAUGAGUAUAUGGCUAAUGGAGACUUAGCAAAGCAUUUAUCAGGCAAAAGCAAAAAUAUAUUGAGUUGGAACCAACGAAUUCAAAUUGCAGUGGAUGCUGCAGAAGGAUUGGAGUACCUGCAUCAUGGCUGCAAUAUGCCGAUUGUUCACAGAGAUGUUAAGUCUAAAAACAUCUUACUGAAUGAAAAAUUCCGGGGUAAACUAGCUGAUUUUGGGUUGUCAAAGAUCUACUCAGAUGAAGAUGACACCCAUAUGACCACAGUGGUAGCUGGCACCCUUGGAUAUCUUGACCCAGAGUACAAUAGAUCACACAAAUUGAGGGAAAAAAGUGAUGUUUUCAGUUUUGGGAUAGUUUUGUUUGAGAUAAUUACAGGUCAACCUGCUAUAACCAAAACCGAAGAGAGAACUCACAUAAUUCAAUGGGUUGAUUCUAUACUGCUUGAAAGGGGGAUCAAUGAUAUUGUGGAUUCAAGAUUGCAGGGAGAAUUUGAUAUUCAUCAUGUGAAGAAGGCCUUAGACACUGCAAAGGCUUGUGUAGCAACCACUUCCAUUAAUAGGCCAACCAUGACCCAUGUAGUUAAUGAAUUGAAACAAUGUUUCUCAAAAAUGAUGACAACUCCGUCUAAUUCUGACGAUCAUGAGAGUUCACCCAACAGCUUUAUCACAGUCUCCUUUGAUGGAAUUAGUGGACAGAGCUCUCUACAAAGAUAGUUAAUUUGGAAAAGUUUUGGUCUAAAUAUAAAAAGUUUAAUUUUUA